CUGCGCUUGUCUCACAUGUCAUUUCUUUGAGUAAUAGGACAAAUCCUAACACAGAAGAGAUGUCUCGGUGUUUAAAUCUACUAAGGUUUGGUCUGCAUACUUCUGGAAAGGCAGGCCUUUCCUCGUGUAGCAAAAACUGGAGUGUCAUAGCGACGUUUAGUGGAGUCAAUGCAAGAACAAAGACGCAACAUUACUGCACUAAACUCUGGAGCCCACGCCAUUUCGGUGUGAUCUUCCGCUCUUACAGCACGCAGGCAGAAAUUGCUGAAGAGGAGAUUCUUCACAACAUUAUUAGUGACACCGAGAACGUUCAAGGGUCCUACUCCAAGCAUGAGUUCCAGGCAGAAACAAAAAAAUUGCUGGACAUUGUGGCCAGAUCAUUGUACUCCGAGAAAGAGGUGUUUAUAAGGGAACUCAUCUCAAAUGGGAGUGAUGCCUUAGAGAAGUUGCGACAUCAGCUUAUUACAGGAGGAGGAGAUUCUGCACCUAUGGAAAUCCACCUACAGACUGAUGCAGCUAGGGGCAUUUUAACUAUUCAGGACACUGGUAUUGGGAUGAAUCAAGAGGAGCUUGUUACCAACCUGGGCACGAUUGCUUGCUCUGGCUCAAAGGCCUUUUUGGAGGCUCUUCAGAGCCAAGCUGAGGCCAAAAGCUCUAUCAUUGGACAGUUUGGUGUUGGGUUUUACUCUGCCUUUAUGGUGGCAGACAAAGUGGAUGUUUACUCUCGGAGUGCACAGCCUGGUGUUUCGGGAUACAAGUGGUCUUCAGAUGGGUCAGGAGUGUUCCAGAUUGCUGAAGCCAGUGGGGUGAGACAGGGAACCAAGAUUGUCUUACAUCUUAAGACUGAAUGCAAGGAGUUUUCUUCUGAGGAUCGUGUUAAAGAGGUUGUGAAAAAGUACAGCAACUUUGUCAGUUUUCCCAUUUACCUUAAUGGCAGACGACUGAACACACUGCAGGCUCUUUGGAUGAUGGACCCCAGAGAGAUCAGUGAGUGGCAGCAUGAGGAGUUUUAUCGCUAUAUGGCAAAGGCAUAUGAUAAACCUCGCUAUACACUGCACUAUCGUGCUGAUGCGCCCCUCAAUAUACGCAGCAUUUUCUAUGUUCCUGAGGUGAAGCCAACCAUGUUUGACGUUAGCAGGGAAAUGGGUUCCAGAGUGGCUCUGUACAGCCGGAAAGUCCUGAUCCAAACCAAGGCUACAGACAUUUUGCCCAAGUGGCUACGCUUCUUACAAGGAGUGGUGGACAGUGAGGACAUCCCUUUGAAUCUCAGCAGAGAGUUACUACAGGAGAGUGCUCUCAUAAGGAAAUUGCGGGAUGUACUGCAGCAGCGAAUCAUUCGCUUCUUUUUAGAGCAAAGCAAGAAAGAGCCAGAGAAAUACGCUCGCUUCUUUGAGGAUUAUGGGCUUUUUGUGAGAGAAGGCAUUGUCACCAGCAGUGAGCAGGAUAUUAAGGAAGACAUAGCCAAGCUUCUUCGCUUUGAAUCAUCAGCAUUGCCUGCUGGGCAGCAAACCAGCCUCAUGGACUAUGCUUCGCGAAUGAAGGCAGGCACUAGGAACAUCUACUAUUUGUGUGCUCCUAACCGCUAUCUAGCUGAACACUCUCCCUACUAUGAGGCCAUGAAAAUAAAGGACAUGGAGGUGCUCUUUUGUUAUGAGCAGUUUGAUGAGCUAACACUGCUCCACCUCCGAGAGUUUGACAUGAAGAAACUCAUCUCUGUGGAAACUGACAUUGUAGUUGACCACUACAAGGAAGAAAAGUUUGAAGUCAGCACACCAGCAUCGGAACAAUUAAGUGAUCAGCAGGCUAAAGAUCUAAUGGCCUGGAUGAGAAACUGUCUUGGUCAGAAAGUCACAAAUAUCAAAGUGACUCCUCGUCUGAACACUCACCCUGCCAUGAUCACAGUGCUGGAAAUGGGAGCAGUGCGACAUUUCCUUCGCACUCAGCAGCUGUCACACAGUGUGGAGGAGAAGGCACAGAUCCUGCAGCCCACACUGGAGAUCAAUGUUGGGCAUGCUCUCAUCAAAAAGCUUUAUGUGCUGAAAGACUCGAAUCCUGAUCUUGCACAGCUGCUUCUGGAGCAGAUUUUUGACAAUGCUAUGGUCACAGCUGGUCUGAAUGAUGACCCACGGCCAAUGGUCUCUCGCUUAACUGACCUGCUGACCAAAGCCCUGGAGAAACACUGAGACUAAGACUGGAGAUUAAGGAGACCUGUCCUAAGGAAUAAUUUGCUUUUAUUAAACAGCCAUUGAUAAAUGUACAUUAAAGCUAAAAUAUCAACCUCU